AUGUACUAUUCUUAUUUUGAUAAACAUGCCUUACUAUGUUUCAGGGAGUUAUUAGUUUCAGUUCGUUUUGACGAACCUGGAUGGCAAUGGUCAGGGUGCUUCUUGCCAGAACAUUUAGGUGAUACUCAAGUGAAAAUGCGGAAUUACAUUUCUGGUGCAGUGAGUAUGAUACGUGUGGAAGUGCAGAAUGCUGAUGUUUCCAUCAGUGAUGAAAGGAUUAUUGGAAACCCCCACGGAAACUCUGGGACGAGCUUAAUUCUUUUGUCUGAUGAUGAUACAGGUUUUAUGCCUUACAGAAUUGAUAAUUUCUCUAAGGAGAGACUACGAAUUUACCAACAACGGUGUGAAAAUUUUGAAACUAUAAUCCACUCUUACACAUCUUGCCCUUAUGCCUGGGAUGAACCCUGUUAUGUGCAUCGUCUUAUUGUUGAGGUUGCUGGCGAACGCUUCAUAGGGUCAUAUGCUCUUGAUGAUGUAAAAGAGCACAGGCAUGUAUACUUACCUUCAACUUCUGAGAAACCUGAAAGAACUUUACUUGUUUCUGUCCAUGCUGAAGGAGCGACGAAGGUUCUCAGUAUUAUUGAUUCAAGUUAUCAUAUUUUGAAUGAUGAGAAGGGUUCACCUGUUCCCCGGUCAAAGGAGAAAAGAAAACAUGACCAGAAACAGGAAACUUCUGUUGAUUACAGCGAAAGGAUAUCAGUUAGUCUUCCUUCCAUUGGAAUCUCCAUAGUGAAUGCUUACCCACAGGUAUAUCAGAAAGGAAUCCCUUGAGUUUUGUCAAUACUCCACGGAAACCUCCUAACGUUUGGAUAAUAAAAGACCUCAAUUGACAUUUGUUCUGUUUUAAUGAUAUCAACCAAAAGACCAUUUUACCCUCUAUUAAACUGGUCAGAGUAAAGCAAUAACGAAGGCGAUUCGGAUUAGGACCCAUACCUGUCCAGACCCAGUAAAUGAAAAAUAGAAACCCU